GUACAUGACUACUGUAUACCGUGCCAGUGCUUGGCCCUGUGAACAUUUCUAUUUUUCUUGUCUAAGUUUCUGCUGGAAUUAUACUUCUUGACUGACAGAAUGCCUUGCGACACAAUAUCACCUCAAACCCAUCACUUUUUAGGUGGUGUUGGUUCAAAGCAUGCGACGAUUGACCAGUAUAAACUGAAUCAAAUUCGGACAUAUUAUCCGGAUGGCAAAAGGAAACGAGCUGCCUGUUUGUGCUUCCGAAAUGAAUCGAAGAACGAGGUACUUCUUGUAUCCAGCAAGUCUAGUCAGGAUUCAUGGGUGAUACCGGGCGGGGGUCUUGAACCAGACGAGACUCCAGCUGUAGCAGCAGUCAGGGAACUCGAGGAGGAAGCCGGAGUGAGUUCUAGAUUGGUGAACUUUGUGGGUAACUUUGUUGAUGAAUCAAACAAACACAGAACAUCAGUCUAUGCUUCAGUGGUUAUGGAAGAAUUUGAUUCUUGGGAAGAUCGGGAAAGAAUAGGGAGGUGUAGAAGGUGGUUUUCCAUUGAAGAGGCAUCAAGGAGACUGAUAGAGUACAAACCAUACCAGGACCAGUAUCUUCAAGUUGCCAUCGCUACGAGGUGAUCUGGGACCUCCAUCCUUCUGGAUGAAGCGGACAAUGUCGCCACCAUCCGCAUUCUUUCAGCAACGAUACGAAGUAGAAUUUGCUGAAACUGGUAACCAGCAACAAUCUUGUAGGAAGUCAAACCAGUUUGAUCGCCAAAAUGCAGACUGACUUCUCUGUGUGUCGAUAUUCUGCCAAAGAUCGGAAGGAAGAGGAAUGCUGGCGAACAUUUUGAACAUUGGAAAAUUCCUUGAAAUUCAGAUUCAGUUAGUAUCUGCAUCACUGUAUAUUGUUUUCAAAAACUUUAUUCAUCUGUGCUGCCUCUUGCAAUAUCUAGGGCAGCCUAUUCAGCGUAUUUACAUGUAUUUGUGCUACACAACGCUGGAUUAAUUAGUGUGGACAACCUCAUAAUUCUUGCAGGAAAAGGAUUUAUUAGGUUUUGCCUACAGGACUUUUUCUUUGAGUUGACAUUGGUAUGUGUGUACCUCUCCUGGCAAGAAAUAGAUACUGCCUCCAUGCAUUCAGGUGCAGGUCAAUAUUAAAGCCAGUUCCAAUCAUAAACUGGGCAUGAGCAGUAAAAGGUCAUUUAAGAGAGAUAAAUCAUGAAGGUGGCUUUCAGGUUCACUGACAAUCAUUUGUGAUUUGAGGACUAGGCCUAUUCAUAUCCUAACAUUCAAUUUCAUCACAUCCGCUGAAGAGUUUCACAAUCAUUUUGUACUUGAUAGUAACCCAAUUGUAGUUAGUCUGCUAUGCAGACUCUGAAUGGCUUUCGAGGUGGGAUCUCAGCUUGAUUGCGUACUGCUGCUGGUUUGCAAAGCAAACCUGCCAGAAAGGACGAGUGAAGGGGCCAUUUCAGAUCUGCAGCUUCAGAAGACCCAAGUGUAGUCUGCUAAUUUGCUAUGCAGACUUGUUGUAUCAGCUGUGGUACACUACACACACUGCAGAUGUGGGUCUACAUUUGUAGACUAACUUGUAGUUGAUGUGCCCAAAACAGACAAUACCACAAACAAUUUCAAAUGUAAUCACUGACAUACUAUUCUAGUCACCCAGUCUUAUUUCAUAGCAUUUGAAUACCACUAGAUGCUAUGUCUGGAAUUGGAAAGCUAUAUACACUGAAUGUACAGAAUGUUACAUCUUCAUUUGAAAGUACAUGUAUUGGUGCUCUUUGUAAUGAAAAAUCAUGGGAAAGGUCAUUUGUGAU